AUGCCUGGAACAGGACCUAAGUAUUUUCCAUGUGUUUUAUGCAACAAAAGAACAAAGCCACGAGAAAGAAGGAAAAUAACUAAACCUGAAAUUCGCUUUCUACAAAAACACUUUUUUGUCUCUGUCAAACAUGAACAUGACACAUUGUGCAAUGCAUGUAGACACAAAUACUACGCUUCGGACAGAAAAUCUACAAAUUCUAAAUCGGAAAUAGGAGCUGACGACAACUACUGCCCAACACCGAAACGUCCUAGAUCUAGUAAUGUACUCACAAGUCCCCCAUCUGUCUCGUUGUGUAUUCCAUCUACAUCAAAGAGCCACUCGCAUUGCUUUUUGUGUAAGCGCCCGGGACCAAAAAUGGUCGUGGUCCCACCAAAUGCAAGAUUUCGGGUAUUUUUGAACUGUGAAAUUAUAAUACCAGCUGGCAGUAGAUGUUGUCCAAACCAUUUGGAUGAUGGUCAAUUCAAGACAGAUGUAUGGUCAAAAAUAAAAGCAAACAAGACCUCAUGGCUAAACAGGUCUACUAUUUUGGAUCUCCUAAAACGUUUGAGGACUGUCGCCUUGCAUAAUAGUUCCAGGAUUGAUUUUGAUUUGGCUAAUCUCACUGAAAGUGACUAUUUGAACUUAACAGGUAUAUGCAAAGAUGCAUUUAGUGAACUGUGCGCAUCACCCAAAGAUGUCCGGAACACACCAGUUCGCAGUACCCGCACCUCACUUGGAAUUUUUUUAAUCAAACUGAAAUAUGGACUGUCAAACAAAAUGUUGUCUACCAUUUUCAAUAUCUCAAAAUCGAGUUUGCGCCGAGCCAUAGCUUCUGUAAGACAAUCUCUUGUGUGUUCAUUUGUUCCACAAAACCUGGGUCUCCAACACAUCUCCCGUGAAGAGGUUAUUGGUAAGCACACUAGAUCCCUGGCACAUACCUUGUUUGGUUCCUCUCGUAAUACCGAAGCAGUCUUGGUGUUAGAUGGAACUUAUAUCUACAUCCAAAAGAGUAACAACUUCCAAUUCCAAAGACGUUCAUAUAGCUUACAUAAAGGGAGACCGUUGGUUAAGGCUAUGGUUGUAGUCACAACAACUGGAUAUUUUCUAACUACAAUUGGACCAUACCUGGCAGACGGCAAGAAUAAUGAUGCUGCGAUUCUUACCCAUAUGUUCAAAACAAAUGUACACGACAUAAAAAACUGGGUGCGUGAAGAGGAUAUAUUUGUUCUUGACCGUGGUUUCCGUGAUGCAAUAAGUCUCCUGGAAGACUUGGGAAUUAGAGCUGAAAUUCCUUGUUUUAUGAAACGUGGAGAGAAACAGCUAUCAACAGAGGAUGCUAAUUUAAGUCGCCUGGUAACAAAGGUCAGGUGGAUAGUAGAAUCAGCUAACGCGAGAAUUAAAAGGUGGAAAUAUUUCGACAAAGUACUGCCAACGAACCAGGUGCCUUAUAUUGGGGAUUUAAUCAGAAUUGUUUGUGCCAUCUCCAACAAAUUCCUUCCACCAUUGUCAGGAGAUCGAGAGGAUGAUGUUGCUAUUGCAUCCAAGAUGUUGUACCUUAGUCGCCAGUUAAAUACCCUGAAGGAGCGAGUUGAAACAGAAAAUCUUGACAUGAGAAAGUCCACUAUUUGGAAGGAAGCGACCACAGUUGUGGAUUUCCCCAGACUCUCUGAAGAACGGCUUCGAGAGCUGACUUGCGGCACGUAUCAGUUGAGGCUAUCUAAGAGUUACAUACAAGAACAUUUAGAUGGUAACCACGAUAUCUUUGUUCACCAAGAAGAUCCGCAUCUACUUAAAGUCAAACUACAAAGUAGGCACGUUUCAGCGAAAUCCCAUCUUUUGUGGAUUUCUUAUACCGAGGCAGAUAUUACAGCAUGGUACUGUAGGUGCAAAACUGGCGCGAGGGUAGUUGGGGUGUGUGCCCACAUUGCCGCCAUACUGUGGUAUCUUGGAUACGGCAGAUUCAUGUACAGUGCCGAUGAGCGAGUCGAUGUACGUGAUUGGUCAUCGUUUGUUGAAGACGCCGCUAACGUUCCAGAAGAAAUAUACCAAUCCGACAGCGACGAGAGUAUUGUCGAGGAAUAG